UCUACUUCUUAAAUCUUCAUCAUUUUGUUUUAUUUUCCCCCUUUUUCCCCAUCGCAGACGCUUCACCCUCUAUCGCCCCUGGAUCCGCCUCUGCAGAGGAGAAAGAAAAAAGAUAAGCGCAUUAUCUCGUUGGUUUUCCUUGAAUGAAAUCUUCUUUGAAUUUUGGACAAUCCGCAUUAGUCAAUGAUCAAAAGUGCUGUAUAUUCAUACAAGGAAAUGUUCGUAUUGAUUCACUACACAGAAACAAUUCGUCAUAAAUUGACAUGUUUCUGAAGCACAUGCAUAUAUAUCGUCGGUUUCUGAGCAGAGAAUGCAUCCGUGGGCGAAAUUAUUACCGAGUAACAUUAAUUAGAAGCCUACUUGUUCGGAAAUUAUAACCAUGAAGUCAUCAUAUUGCGUGUCAAUGAUGUUUCUGUUAUCAAGUUAUUUUGCCUGGUCAGAUUGCUAUAUCCUUUCAUCAUUUCACUUGGUCAACGGUGGUUCGCCAAACGAAGGUCGUGUGGAGGUGACGGUAAUAGACGAAGAUGGUGACGAAGAGUUAAGAGGUGUUGUAGUAUCUAAUGACAGGUGGACAAUCGAUGAAGCUAACUGGGUUUGUGAAGAGCUUGGAUAUCGCCAUGCAGUAUUUCUACCUGAUGAUAGCAGAUAUGAGAGAGGCCUACAAUCAAAUAUAUUCAGCAUUGACAACAGAACGUUAGUAGUUCCUGAUUGUGAUUCAGAUGGCUUGGGCAACUGUAGCGAAAUUGAAGCAGCUGGCGUUGUGUGCCAAAAACCUGGAUAUUUAGGUUGCUUCCUGAUUCGCUCUUCUGCAUUGCCAAACAUCAAUAUAUCAGAGACAAGUCAAGUAUUAACCAAUGAACAAUGUCUUGAUAUAUGUAUGGAUCUAUCAGCCCCAUUCGCUGCUCAAAGGGGUGAUACCUGCUACUGCUUGAACAACUUCUCGAUUUCAUCCAAAGAGCGUGUCUGUAACACAAGAUGCAUCGGGAAUCCAGAACAGUUUUGCGGAAGACAACAGAGGGAUUCAUAUAUUGUAUUCAAUGUAUCUGUAGGAUUCUGCCCCGAGAUCUCUGGCGCCAAUCUAAACGUGUAUGGAAGGUACCGAUUUGGUGACAUAGUGAGGGCGAAUUGUAGUGGUGGCAAACAGCUGAUGGGCGAUGAUGCCUUGCAAUGUGUUGGAGGACCUGAUAUAUUUCAAUGGAAUGGUACCAUUCCGACAUGUGUAGAUAUGAUUACGAUUCAACCAAGAAUGACAAGUGACCCUUCAACAGAUCAGACAAGAAGGACAUUGACACCUCACCUUCAUACAGAUACCACGAGCUUGAAUACUGUUACGUUUACCAUGGUCAUUGACUCUGGCUCAUCAUCUAUGAUUGUUCUGGUAGUAGCACCCGCGGUGACCGUUGUAAGCAUUGUGGUCCUGCUGGCAGCCUGUUUAACAAUAUACUUCAUCAACAAGAGAAGAAAGCAAUCUGCAAUAAAGAAAGAUGACACAAUAAGCUAUAAAGCCAAAUCAGAUGUCUUGGUUCAUAAUACGAAGAGCGCUCCAAUCAACGAAGAUCCAAGUUACUACGAAGUUGUAGAGAAUGCUGCUCCUAAAAGCAGUGAUCUCAAUGAUGGUGUUACGGUUUUGUACGAAUCGGCCGAUGAUGUCCGAACGGAGCCACAUCAAUACGAGCUCGAAUCGCCGAUUGAUACCCCUCAUCACGGACUCAUAGACAAUGUCCUUUAUAAGCCAUCAUGGAGAGAAGGAGACUCAAGUAUGAACAACUAUGAGGUCUUCGAAAUGGAAUCACAUUCCAAAGAUGGAACAUCACACGAUCAACAUGCAUCCCCUAAAUCCCAACAGAUGAAGAUUGAUCUAACAUCGAAUAAACACGAGAAUUACUUCUCAACCGAUAACAAGCUUUGCGAUGAACCAGAACGUUCAAAUAGAACUGAUAAUAGUCUUUAUAACCGUACAGAUAAAUUGAACUUACAAACAGAUUCUAUAUCUCCAAACUAUUAUGAAAUAAAAUCAGAUCCCAUCGGUAGACAUUACUCAGAAGUAAGCAGUCCUCUUGCGGACACUUGCCCGACAUAUCACGAUAUCCAGCCUCAACCUGCCAGUUCAUCCCUGAUCGAAACUCCUGGUGACCCCAGUCAUGAUGUCAGUAAGGAAGAUACAAUUUCUUCAAUACCCGAGUAUGCAACAGUCAACAAAACUGCUAGAUCGGAAAAACCAUCUGACAAAAGUUCAGAAGCUAAUGAGCAAAAUUGUACAUGGUCACGCAACGAUUCAGAAAUAGUGGGAUAGAUUUAGUUAUUCUCUUUCGGGAUAAGUAAGAACUACCACGUUCUUGCCAACGGAUAUUUGGUCAGUUUUAACAUUUCUUUGGAGGUCAUAUUGGUAUAGUUGCUAGCCUGGACCUAGCAUAUAUCAUAUUUGCCGGAACAAUGCACCUUAACAUGAAUCCAUUGAAAAUUCCACAUCAUCUCCUUCAUCGGAAUCAAGUUUGAAAGUUUUAUCCCGAAUCCAAAUUUCAUUAUUUCUAAAACAAAGCUAAGAACUGGUAUAUAGACUUAAUGCAGUUUGACAUCAUUUGACACCAUCAGUUCGUAAUUUCUGAAUAUUUUGUGUAAUCACCUAUAAUAUAAUUUUGUGUAAUCUCCUAUUUCGUUCUAUUAUUCCAGAUGUGUAAAAAUGUUAAUUAUAAUGUUAAACUGUAUCAUUUAUUGUCAAAAAUCUACUUAUUUUAUCCACACAUCCUAUGAAAACGUGUCUUUAUUACGAAUCCAUGACAAUAUAAACAAAAACAUAUUGUCAUAAUAAAUAUGAUUAUGAUUAUGGGUCAUGUGUUAUGAUAAUGGCUUUGUCAACGAGAUCUUCAAUCUUUAGAGCGAGUUGAAUACAACAUUAACGCAAAUGGUAUAUACGUGGACAAAAUGAAAAGUAUACUUUGUAAUUUGUAAAGGCGGUAAAAACAAUUCACACCCAUACAAAUCUAACAUGGUAGACCGGGGAUGGUCACAGAGAUGCUACAGUUAAGAAGACAGAAACAGCCGUAGGGGAAAUGUGACUGCGCCAUUAGUUUGACAUGGAUUCCAAGAAAAACAAGAAAAUAAAAAGAAAAACGUGGACUGAAGAAAAAAAGAGGAGGAAGGAAGAGAAAGAAGACAAUUUGUCGAUUUCGUAUGACAUGAAUUUUAUAUUGUAAACUUUCAACGUGGUACUGCCAUCUACAGUUGUUUCCAAGAUAACUGUUCGGAUUGGGCCAAUGAUAUUCAGAUCAGUGGGUUGGUCAUAUAGAAUAUGGAAUCUUACAUGGAAGACAAUGUCUUUGUUAUCGUUCGAUUAAUUUUCUAUAGAAACGUAAGAAAUAAAAUAGUUUUGGACGGCAUGAAUGUUGUAAAAAAUGAAACUGGUAGAGAAAGUUACCGAAAUAUUUUAUAUAUAUCUGCCUGUGAGCUGAUUGUUAUUAUCUUUGGUGAAAACUAAAUAUAGUAUUUUCCAGGAAAAGAGAAACCAGGAUUCCCAUGGUUUUUAUUUCUUUAAAGAAAAAUAACUUAUGAUAUUUCAUUUACAUCAUCAUACAGUUAAAUUAUUCCUCUAUAUUUUGAUACCUAAGAAACACUUCACGCAUUAAUGAACAAGACGAGUUUGAAAUUUUAAUGUCAAAACCAGGUUGCGCAGAAAAGUUGAACAAGAUAGGAUCGUGAUGCGAUGACUGUGCCUAUUCGACGAUUGGCUCAUUAGCAUUUCUUUUUGUAUUCCUUGUUAAGUUUCUCUCACUGAUCCCUGAAAUGAGAGUGGAUUCAGAUUCACACGUGAGUUUCUGCGCAAAUCAUUUCUGACAUGCCUCAAUGUUUAUAGUUUUUAAUCUGCCAUGCGCGAACGAUUUGCCAAGGUGUUGGUCAUAUCAAAGAUGAGAUUCCACUCUUACCAUAAAAAUAUCAAAUUUGUAGUAAAAACAUUCUAAAAUAUGUCUCUGAAAACGGGUUUCCUUUUUUGUGGGACGCACUGUACGCACAAUAAAACAUUUUCAACGAUCGGUACGGUUUGCUCGUAUGGUAUCAAGAUGUCGCAUGUUUUAUGAUUAAAUUAGUUGAUCAAAAUAAUUCCUCCGUCACUUCAUCAUACAAAAUACAGAAAGGUUUGAUGAAAUUACCUUUGCAUGUAUUCAACCCAUGUGUGAUGAAAGAUCGAUUGGAUUGAGAGGGAGGUGGUACUUUCUCCUGCUCCAACGUUUACCCCAAGCAGGACGCGAGUCCAUGCACCUAAGAUGGGCACACUUUAUACUUGAUUCAAAAUAUCCCCUCCCCCUCCCCCUGCAUGACAUGAGUGUAAUUGGAUGGGGGUCAUUGGGUACUGAUGGAGAGGGGGCUUAGAUUGU